UGCGGGAUUAUAUACGCUGUCUGUGAUCUCAACAGCUUACUUUCAUCCGGCGCUCACGUUGAGAGGACCUCGGUACUAAGGCGAUAUGUUCUUGGAUUUCAAACUGUCUUAAGAUGAUGUCAAUGCUGUUGCUUGUUGUGUUACUGUGGGAUGGCGCUCGCGGCGCUGGGAUUAACGAUGAUCUUUCGAAGUACUGGGAGAAGGAUUACAAGGAAGUUUUACAUUUGUAUGGGAAAACAUCAGACAAAGAUUUGUAUGGAGAAAGUUUACCGCCUGCUGUGAUAUAUAAGGCAGCGACUACUCAACGAAACGAUAUUGUUUUAGAGCAUACAGGAAGUUACAAAGCUAGUGACAUUGACCAAUCCGGUUCAACAUACUCUUAUUUUGAUCAAAAAAACUAUAAACAAACAAUAAAACCAGAACACAGUGUUAAUUAUUUCAGUUAUUCUGAAUCCAAUGUAAUAAAACAAAACACUGAUCUGCAAAAUAAUAAAUAUUUAAACCAAACACCACAACGAGGAAAUCAAAAUAUUGAUCUUUCUUCCAAAAUAAAUCUGCAAAGUUUCCAGCCUUAUUUUAACGGGUAUGGAGAAAACGGUUACACGAAUAUACAAAAUAUUUUAAGCACAGAAAGGAAUAUUGGUGCUGGAGAAGUGAUCGCAGAAGAUAAUAGAAUAUACCGUGAUUUAGCUAGAAAUAAAGUGAGACAGUACAAAGUGAACACAUUUGACUCCCGAACAAAAUGUCCGCCGGCAAUUUGUAGGAAGAUAUCGAAAAAUGCCAAAAGAAUUUAUUCAAGACCAGUUAAGAAGAUUAAAAGAAUAGUUGUAUACUAAUCUUCUUCGCUUUUCGAA